GCGAAUCCGAUCUAGUCACUUGGUUGAAGUAUACGAUGUCCGGAAGCACUAGCAGCUAUGCUGCACCUCCCCCCUCUUACCAUUCGGUCGACCCAUACGCUUAUGGCACCAUAGUCCCGGCGUCACAGUAUCCGCAAAGGUCUCGCCCGGCAGAGAGCGCGACAGCCCACAACUCCUGGAGCAUCUCCUGCCCCAGCACUCCGAGCAGGAAGAACAUCCCGAAUGAGCCCAGCGAAGCUUCGUCUCUCUGCAGUACUUCGACCUAUCGACUCAAGCGCUUCCAUAAGAUUCCGCUCCUUCUGUGGGGAGCCCUCGUCUUUCUCACCGUCAUCGUGAUGUGCCAAAACACGGGGUACAUGCCAACGCUCAUAGACGACAUCCCUCUGUCGGAGAAGGCUGCGAUUCGGCGCAAGUGGCGACUGGAGAAGAAGCUCUGGGUGCUCGAAAAGACCCGGCACCAAGAUGAGGUCGACGUGUGGGAGCACGAGCGGCAAGAGUGGCAGGCGGAGCGCGAGGUGUACGAGAAGGAGAAGGAGGAGUGGGCCCGCCGACGGCGCGAGGAAGAGAUGCACAGGAAGGAGAUGGAGUGGAAGCGUAAGGGGGCACACUGGUCUGAGCCUUCGGGUUCCGCUCAAUGCACGGCGUUUGGAACUCGGAUGUACACCGCCGAGCUCCUGGACCUGCCCAUGAACGUCGAUCCGAUCCAGGCCUGUUCUGAUAUGCCCAUAAACUUCCAUGGACGCAUCCUGGAUGAGCCUGCACAUUGCGAGAAUAAGGGCGAUAGAACAUGGGCCACUUGGUAUAUAGACUUUGACGAACCUCAGUGCGCCACAUACUGGGACACAUUGCGUGACAAGGGCUGCAGUGCUGGUCAACGCGGAUAUCGGCGUUUUACAGCAGGUCUCUUGAAUCUUCGUAGCGGAGACGACUACGACGAGAUGUGCCGUACGACGCCCGCUAACAUCGGCGGUGUGCAUUUUGAUCACCCCACUGCUUGCGAGCGUAACUGGUUUGGCAGGACUGGAAUAUGGGACGUACCCGACGGGCGGUGCUAACUCAACAAUGUUGCGAGCUUGAGCUUGGUGGAGCUGAAGUCUAGACCAUCGCCACCGGAUGUGUCGCUUGCGAUCGCAGAACGAGAGUGGCAGGAGGGUCGUAUAUGGGCAAACGUAGUCUGAACGAUAGUGUGCUCGAAUAUUUCUGUACUCGCGUUUCAAAGAAUAGAACGG